UAAAAUAAAGUUUAUUUUGCUUAUUUCCUCUUAGGUAACGUUUGCUGAUAAAAUGCUCGGCUUCAUGGCCUGGGUAAUGCCCCUGUUCGUGGCAUGUUCGACGUUUGGAUCCCUUAACGGUGCCAUCUUUGCCUCGUCCCGAUUGUUCUUCGUUGGAGCUCGCAAUGGCCAUCUUCCCGCAGCCCUAUCGCUCAUCAACAUCAGCUGCCUUACACCGAUUCCUUCUCUGAUCUUUUUGGGUGUAUUGACAUUGGGUCUAUUAUUUGUGCGAGAUGUUUUCUCAAUCAUCAACUACGUGAGCUAUGUGGAAAUAUUAUUCAUUUUUAUUUCGGUAGCCGGGUUAUUGAGGUUACGUCAGAAGAAUCCGGACGCUAAGCGACCUAUCAAGGUGUCACUUAUAGCCCCAAUAGUCUUCCUCUUGACAGCCGGAUUUUUGGUGAUAUUUUCCGCUUUCGAGUCCCCAAUCGAAGUGGCCAUCGGGACCAUCAUCAUCCUGCUAGGCAUUCCGGUAUACUACGUGACGAUCCACAAACCGUGGCAGUGGUUAACAGCCCGAUCCCAGGCGAUAAACAGUUUCUGCUCCAAACUAUUUGUCUGCAUGCCUAACAGUGAAAAACUAGAAUGAUCAUCGUUUCUGGGCGGCCUCAUUGGCACAAUUUGCCAAGCGCUCUUGUAAAUAGAAUUCCGUUUCUUAAUGUUUAAGAUUCCAGCUUGCUAGGAUUAACGCAUGAAAAUGACAUAAGUAAAGCCUUCCGAACGCAACGUUUGGAUCAAUAAAUUUUGCCUUAAUAGUUUUUCUUCCGACAUAUCGUAUUGUAAAUAAGGUGUAGUAUUUAAUAUGAAACACUUUUUAGGGAUUUAUACACAUUUAAUGUUAGUUUCGUGGAAUGCCGGGAAAUUAAAGUUAAAGUUUUCAUAGGGCACUGAAAAAAAAAAUCGGUACGCGCUAUUAACCCAACAUCGACAUCUGCAACGUAAAGCUCAACAACUUUUCUUUAAGCAAAUAGCAAAAAAAAUCACACUACACAAACAGCACUUCAUGAUAACACAAAACUUAGGACAAUAACAAUAGACAUCUGUUUGAUUCUUGUAGCAGCUUAGAUCUUUAACAUGACGAUUUACCGAAAUCUCGAAACAAGGAUCCUUGAGAAACUAAGUUUAAGAUAAAAAUAAA